CAAACUUUUUAAAACCAUCCUACCUUACGUUUCUAACCCUACUCCACGUUCAGCAAAACCCCUUCCGUCCCCUUACCGGUCAGGCAGCCACUGACACUCACUUGCACCGGCGCUCAUUUUUCAGAUACCCAAGGGGUUACAAGCUGGAGUUAACUUUUUUGCUAUCUCUAGCUUCUAUCACCAUUGUUCAGUUUUCUCAUGUUGCGUUGGGACACAAGAAAGUUGAACAUUUUUGGCAAUGAUAUGGAGACAUGGCUGUAAUAUCUUCCAAAUAGCACCUCGUCAAAUCCUCCGAACAUUUGCCCAUCAGUCACAUCGUAAAUGGUCAGCCCCAUUUUUGAAUUUGACCAAAAACCUCCACAACCGACUAGACGAAGACAUUGAACAGAAAUUUUCUGAGAACAGGCAAGUGAUUCUCACUAAUGAUCGCGUGCUCACCACUCUGUUGAACUGUUCUUCUGAUUUAGUGGCUUUGAGCUUUUUCAUGUGGUGUGCUAAACAGCCCAAUUUCUUCCAUAACACUGCUGCGUUUGAUUAUAUGGUGGGUGUGGUUUCCCGUCUCAUGAAACGAUAUGAAACUGUGAAUGGGAUUAUUGGGGGAUUGGAGAGUGUUGGUAAUGUAACUAAGGCACAAACGUUUCUGCUUCUUUUGAGGAUUUAUUGGCGUGGAGGAAUGUACAAUUUGGUUUUUGAAGCAUUUGACCAUAUGGAUCACUGUGGAUAUACACCAAACACAUUUGCACAUAAUGUGAUUAUAGAUAUGUUGUUCAAGGUCGGACGUGCUGAUGUUGCUUUGAAGGUCUUUAAAGAGACCCUUAUGCCAAAUUUUUUGACAUUCAACAUUGUAUUGUGUAAUUUAUCCAAAAUAAAGGAUUUAAUAGGUAUUAGAGAUGUUUUUAGAUGUAUGUGGAGAAUGGGGUAUUGUCCUAAUCCUGGGACAUUUGAAGUGGUUUUGAAUGGUUUAUGCAAAUUAGGUAGGCUGGCAGAAGCACAUCAAGUAUUGGGUGUAAUGAUAACUUUUGGACUAUCCAUGUCUGUAAACAUUUGGACUAUAAUGAUUGAUGGAUUAUGUCGAUUGCACAGAACUGAUGCUUCUUUUUUAGUGAAAAAGAUGGAAAGAUCUGGCUGUUCUCCAAACAUUGUGACACAUACUACCUUGAUUAAGGGAUAUAUAUAUGCAAAACGGGUUAGCGAUGCAUUUGAUGUUUUAAGUAUUAUUGAAUCAGAAGGGCCUUCCCCCGACCAGAUUCUUUAUAAUGUAUUGAUUGAUAGUCUUGCUAAGAAUGAGAGGUUCAAUGAUGCUCUCAGUAUUUUUCUUAAUAUGGAUAAACGAAAUAUACUUCCUGACUGUUAUACCUUCAGUUCAUUGCUGAAUACCAUAUGUUUAUCCAAAAGGUUUUUCCUUCUACCCAAGUUAGUAGAUGAAUUUUUUGUAGAAGUUGAUUUGGUGGCAUGUAACUCUCUGCUUAGCUAUCUCGGUAAGGCCGGAUUUCCUUUGCUUGCCUUGGAAGUAUAUGAUGAGAUGGUGGAUAAAGGUUUAACGCCAGAUAAGUAUAGUGUUCUUGGAGUACUAAUUGGUCUUUGUGAAUCAAGAAGAAUUGGUGAAGCAGUUCGUCUGUACAAUGACAUUCUCUUGAACUAUACAGGAGUUGAUGCUCAUAUCCACACUGUAACUAUAGAUGGACUUAUAAAAGCUGGUAAAUAUCAUUCAGCCAUUAGAGUAUUCAGAACAAAUUUAUUGGAGGAAAAUUCUUUAGAUGUUGUAUCAUAUUCUGUUGCCAUUUGUGGGCUUCUUAUGGUUGGUAGAGAUACAGAGGCUUGUAACAUGUAUAACUACAUGAAGGAGGUUGGUAUAAAUCCAAAUAGGCAUAUUUGCAACAUAAUGCUCUCCAGUUUUUGUAAAGAAAAAAAUUUUGAAUCCAUGAAACAGAUGCUACAAGAGAUGAUUGAUCUGGGAAUAGAAAUGAGCAGGAAUAAUUUCUUUAGGUUAUAUAAUGCCAUUUGUAGAUCAUCAAACGACCCUCAUCUGGUCAUCUGUUUAUUAAUUGAGAUGAAAGUUUUGGGUUUAUUACCUGGGAAAUGAGCUUGUAAGACAUUGGUUGAUAAUUCCCCCAAAGCUGUGAAUAUUACUGAAAAACAUUAUAAAUUAUUGAAUGGCUGUCUAGAAUAUUGUCUAUUUUGCGAUACAUCUAGCUCCGAAGAAUAUACUGAUGUGGCUGCUUCUGUGGGCUGAGUUUGCAUGUGGAGGAAAGUCAAUUUUCAAAAUGAUGGUACAGUUGCUAUUUUUGGCAAUCUAGAAUGUAUUCUAACAUACUCUCAAACACAAUGAAGUAAGGUGUGAAGACCUGGAAUAAUGCAAUUACUACUGCUGUGGCUUUCACAGCUGCUCAUUUUGCACCUUCAUGUCAUUAAAGGUGCACGUAUUGAUAUAAGUUUAGUGGAGUAUGUCUACUUCCCAGUCGCGAAAGCUUGAGAGAAACAAUGGUCUUCAACAACCAAGAAAAUCCAUUGGGGGUAAUUUGAUCUGUGUGCUGUACUUGAAUUGAGAUAAAGACCUCGAACUUUGCAUUGGAAGACGAUGAGCACAAGUGAUGCCAAUGAUCAAAUAUCUUUCCCUUCUCAGUAUGAUGGUCUAUUCUAGAGUAAAGGAAGUUCUGCUAUUUGAUUCAAGAGUAGAAUGAUAAAGUUUAGAAGAUGAAUCCAAGCAUUUCACUUUCUUCAAACUGGGGUUUGUUGUGCAAUAUAAAUGAUGAGGAGCAGAAUCAUAUUGACAUCAAAGAUUCUACAUGAAGUUGGUGAAAAUUUCUUAACCUUGUUCAUUUCCUGUUGUGGUUCCCUAGCAUUUGAACGUAUUCUCUCAAAUUUUUGGUGGCUCAUAGCUUCAAAAGGAAGCCUAAUGAUAGGAAAGAACUUAGACUUUUGAAGAAAGCUAGGUUUGAGAGUCAGCCCCCUUGCCGCCCUGCCCUGGCCCUCCCCUGCCUGUACUCCUGGCACAUCAAGAAAAGUUAUGUUGCUUUUUUAUUGGUUCUAACCAAUCUGAGAGCAUUUUCCUUUCGCAUACCUUUUUCUUUCUGGAGUACAGGGCCAAAAGCAUGUAUAAACUAUAACACAUGUUGUAAAUAGGGCAAAUUACAAAAACCACCCUCAAAUAUGGUGAUAGUUGUAAUUAUAUCUUUAAACUUUCAAUUGUAAAAAUUGAGCUUCAAACUUACAUAAUUAGAGAAAUUGUGACCAUUGUAUAAGUUUGAGGGCUCAGUUUGUAUCAUUUAGAGAUCCAAUUUCUACGACUAUUGUAAGUUUGAGGGUUUAAUUUUAAUACUUGUAGAAGUUUGAGGGUAUAAUUGUAAUUACUAUCAUAUUUUAGAGUUGGUUUUUGCAAUUUGCCCUCAUGAAUACUACACUUGAUUGAAAUUGAAAUGAUGUAUUCCAUAAAGUACAAUUUCAAGGUGGCUCUGCUUGCAAUGCUGCAGCAUGUUCUUGGCUUUUGAGGGUUAAUUCCAUUUCCUCAGCUGUUUCCUCCCCUGACACGUCUUCAAAGCCAACCUCAAAGCCAGCCACCUCAGUUCUCUUUACUGGACCUUUUUUUUAGGAUAAUGUGGUUUCAAAUAUGUUAACAAGUAUAGUGUACUUUACUAGAUAGAUGCAUGGAUAAAUCUUUUCUUAUAGCAAAAAUUUUAGGCUAAUUGGCUUUUAGAAUGAAAACUUUUGGUACACGAAACGAGACAACAGUCUCCUACGCUCCCAUAACUUUGUUGAUGGUCGAUCCAAGUUUUGAUUUUGCAGCAGAGGGAUUCGGUAUGGUUAAAUUGUGAUCUAAAAUGAUCUUUCUAAAAGACUAUUGAGGCCUAUAUUGGAAUUAUUUUAAAAACAUAUCCAUUUGACUUUAAAUCUGCAGAAAAACUCGCAGAUAUAUCCCUGGUUCCAUAUUGCCGAAUAUAGGUGUGACUAUUUCUGAUAAAAAAGACACAUUUCUUGUAGAUUGGGGGAUGAAGCUGUUGCCAGACUUCGGAGAGACUCUCCCUCUCACUGCAGUACGAACCGGAAAUGGCUUAAACUUCAAAGAACUGUUUUGCACGGUAGAGCUUAGAUUUCAAGAGACUUGUUUGAUGGAGAAUCAAAGGAACAGACAACUCUAAGGCGUCAGUCUGCUGAAGAAUCGAGGUGGGGUUCUUUUAAAUCUGUCUUUGUGAAAAAUUCCUCAGAAGUUGUAAUGUAUAAGUUUAGAAGGUUUUUGCCUUUUGGGAAAGUUGAAUACCUGAAUGCUGCUAAAGGCCUCUGUUAAGAACUUUGCUCUUAAGAAAUUAACAUAGGCAUUGCUCUCUCUCUCUAUAUAUAUAUAUAUAUUUGACUUUCUUUAUAUUA